AUGUCUUCCUUUGCGCUACGUCUCAGUCGUCGUGUCCUGCUCUCCAGCCGCCAUGCGCGCAGCUUUGCUAGCUCCAAGUCUGGCUCCGGCUUCUCGUACCCCGGCGCCCGCUCGCUGGAGCAGAUCGUGAAGAUGGAGCUACUGGAGAGCGAACAAGCACCCAAGAUCCGCAACAUCUGGGAAGAGUUCCACGCCGACAAGGACGACGCCGUGGCCACCACGCUGGACGUCAGCGAGUUCCAGUCUCUCGUAAAGCGUGCCGAGGCUGCACCCUACUUCAUCUUCCCCGUGUACCGCCAGGAGGGUUUCUUCAACAUGUUGUGUCAGUUCCAGCAGUCGUGCUUCCUGAUCACAUACCUCGAAGCCUUCAAGGAGAACCCGAGCGCCGCGCCGCCCUGCGUGGCCAUCUCACUGUAUGAUGAUUUGCUGACGAAGAAGGAGCUCGCUUUAGUCCGUGCUGACGUCAUCAACAUGCUUGACAAGAAGGAGUCGCAGCUUCUGCUAAAGCAACUGCUAGCCAGCUACCAGGACGACCAACUCUACGAUCAUGUCGACAAGUUCAACAACAAACCCGACCACUUCGACUUUGAAGCUUAUCGUGUCAUGCUCCAAGAGGCCACUACAGCGUAG